UCUCAGUUCAGUUCCUUUUGCCAGAAGAGCUCAGAAUCACAAGGAAACGAACCCCAAAGAUGAGUCUUGCUUACAAAAUCUUAGCCAGCUUCCUUCUGAUUUGCUGCUUCUCCCUCAAAGGUGCAGGUGCAGGGACUGACGUCGUUGUCAAGUGGGGUGCCCUGGAUCGUGUCUUCCACCUGGAAAUUAAAUUUAACACCAGUGACACUGUAGACAACAUUCGCUGGAAGAUACCUGGAAAUAUUGUUCAAUUCAAAAAAAGCAUCAAGCAGCCCCAGACAGAGGGACCAUACAAAGUGUUUGAAGAUGGAACUCUGGAAAUUAAACGUUUGGCGAGAAGCCAUAGUGGUCAUUACUUGGUUGAAAUAUUUGAUGCACAGGGAAAAGGGCUGCAUCGUGAAACCUAUGAGUUGAAGGUUUUAGAGGCAGUCUCAAAACCUGACAUCACCUGGCAUUGUGAGAACAAAACUCUGAUCUGUAAUCUAGUGAAUGGAACUCACGCGGCGUUAACACUGAAAAAGAACGAAAUCUACGUCAAAAAUGGUACUAUAGGGACCAUGAGCAUUGGGUACGAAUGGAAGAACCAUAGCCAGGAGACCACCAUCUUCAACUGCACAGCGAGCAACAAUGCCAGCUCAGAGGACAGUAUAAUGGAAAUUGUUACAGGCGAUUGCCCAGUGAAACGUGUGGACAUUUAUCUCAUCAUCGGCAUCUGCGGGGGAGGCAUCCUCUUGCUGGUCUUUGUGGUGUUGGUCAUAAUCUACAUCAGCAAGAGGAGAAAACGAAACAGUAGGAGAGAUGGUUCUAUUUUUGUAGAAGAGGAGGAGAGAAGAGAGCCCAGAGUAACUGCCAAGGAUGGGGGCCCGAUGCCCCACCAGAUUCCAGGCUCAGCAUCUCCAAAUCCAGCUUUGCUGCAACCUCCUCCGCCGGCUCGUCGUUCCCAGGCGGCGGGUCUCCGCCCCCCACCUCCUGGCCCCCGAGGCCAGCACCAGCAGCAGAAGAGGCCCCUGCCUCACCCGGGUGCUCAAGGUCCCCAGCAGAAAGGCCCUCCCCUGCCCAGACCUCGGGUUUGCCCGAAACCUCCCCACGGAGCUGCAGACAACUUCUAAAUCUGCUCCUGACGAGGCUGUCCCUUCCCUCUAAUUGAAAGUGAUGGAAACUGCGUUCCCACAGCAGGCUCUGUGGGAUGCCUCCACCCCAGGUGUGCACACCUGCACUUCCGUGAGGUAGCGUGCUCUGCGAGUACAUUACCUCCCCAGCUCACGGGCCACAGCCAGCCACAUUUGCACAGCUAACUCAGCCACGUGAUCUAACAUCUGGAGCGUCUCUUCGUAAAUCUCCCUUGCACCAAAAAGGGACAGCAGUGCAAGUUCAUUCCUUGGACGAGGGUGAUGGAGCGCAAGUCCUGGUGAGAUCCUUGCUUCUCACUGAGGUCAAGCCCAGAUGUGAGCAUCUGGUAGUCUCUAUUCCCGUGUCUCUUGGCACAGCCCACCUGGUGGGCAUAGCCCACCACUCUUGGGUUUCUUAUAUGUCUGGUGGACACUGGCCCACCCUCUGGUGAACAGAAGUGAAU